UGGGCGCGGCCGGCGCUGAAGAGGUGGGGGUCCUGUCCCCCAGCUAAGGCUCUGCAGCACGGAGGUGCAGAGUGUCGAUGAGGGCCCCGGGCUGGGCGCAGCCAGCAGCGCCCACCCCGGGGCCCCCGCGGUCCCCGGCGCGGCCCCGGCCCAGCAGCUGACCCUGCUGGUGAUGCGCCCCUCUGGAGGGCAGGACGAGGCUGCGGCCGGGGGGGUCCUCCGGAAGGCCCCGGCCACGGCGGGGAGGCCAGUCAGGUACCUGUGUGACGUGGCGGGGGAUGGCGAGGAGGAGGCGGGCGACGACGAAACGGAUCUGCUGGACACUUCGGAGCCCCCGGGGGGCGGCGAGAGCGCGGCCAGUUUGGAGGAUCUGGAGGACGAGGAAGCGCACUCCGGGGGCGAGGGCGGCAGCGGCGGGGCCCGGGGACGGGGCAGUGGCGGGGGCAGCACGAGCAAGACCUGCAACUACGAGGGCUGCAGCGAGACCACGAGCCAGGUGGCCAAGCAGCGCAAGCCGUGGAUGUGCAAGAAGCACCGCAACAAGAUGUACAAGGACAAGUACAAAAAGAAGAAAAGCGACCAGGCCCUCCAGUGUGGCGGGGCCGCCUCGGCAUCCAGCGCGGGAAACGUCAAGCUGGAGGAAAGUGCAGAUAAUAUACUCUCCAUUGUUAAACAAAGAACGGGAUCUUUUGGGGAUCGUCCUGCAAGACCUACUCUUUUAGAACAAGUGUUAAAUCAAAAAAGACUGGUAAGUAUCUGCUUGUAAAGUAGUUAUAAAUCUGUUAACAGAGUUGUUUGUUAUAGAUGGAACUAUUUAGAUCUCUGAGGUUUUAAAACUUGUUAAACUGGUUGUCAGAAUUGAACUGUGCCUCUUUCCCAGUGCAUGCUGGAAUCUCAGUCUCUCAAGACUAUAUGAGCGGGGGCACUUUUAAUCCUGUUUCUUCAUUGACUAUACUUUGACUCUCUGAGCAAGAUGGGAUUUUAAAACACUCUCCUUGUACUGAAUUCUGGGAUUGGUUGACUAAUAUUUUAAUGGUAUUGAAGUAUAAUUUAAUAAGGAUCUCUAUAAUAAAUUUGAUAGGAGGCAUCAGAACUCAAUCAGGAAAGGAGAGAUUAUUCAGUGAAUAAUGGAAUAAUUGGAUAAUAAUUUGAAGGAAAAAAGAAUUUUAUCACAUCCCUGAAAAAUUAAAGAGUUUUAUAUUUUUUUUAAAAAAAGAACAAAAUAGAAUUGGGACUUUAAAUAUCUCAAAAAUCUGAAAUGAAAAUGUUCUAACUUAAAAGAAAUAGACACAGUCGCAAAGAGAAGAUUAUAAAUUUGAUUACAUAAAAAUGAGCAGUGUAUGUCAAAAUUGGUGCCAAAAAUAAAAAUGCAAAAUAGCAUACAGGAAAAAUAUUUGCAGCAAAUAUAAAAAACUAUGGUUAAUAUGGUUUAUGUUUUUAUUAUAUUAAAUAUUCAUAUAAACUGAUAAAGAAAAAAUGUUGGCCUCCAAACAUUACAAAAGAUAUAAAUGGGAAAAAAAGCAGAAGCACUACCAGGGGUGAAUUAACCAGUAAGCGUGGUGUGCACUGGCUUCCAGCAAGCAAGGAACGCUUGGUUUGAUUGUGCUUAUUUCCUAGUCCAUCGUGCACAAUUCCACCUGGUUUUCACCGCAGCUUUCAUGUGGAAACCAGGUGAAAUUGUGCACUACAGAUUAGUAACUGAGCACAAUUAAGCUCAAGCGCCCGGACCUUGCUUAUUGGGUAAUCUGUCCCUGAACUACCAUUAAAUGAUACGGAGAGGUAUUCAAUAUCUGCAGCAAUCACACAAUAAAAUGACAAUAACCGUAAGUGAAAUUAUUUAAGUGAUGAUGCACAGUGAUAUGGAGAGCUCAGUGAAAUGGACGCUCGUUUUGUUGAUGGCACAUUGUCUUGGUACAACACUUCAGAAGUCGGAUUCGCAGCGUAUAUCAGGAGUCUUUAAAGUGGUCAUCCCAUUAGACUCAGAAAUCAUAUGAAGACAUUCACAGAAAGUAAAUCCUAAAUAUGGAUAAAAUUAUGUAUGCAUAAGGAUGUUCCCUGAAUGUGUUUAUCGUAAAUAGUAAAAUAGUUGAAACAACCUAAAUGUCCAAUAAUCUCAUAACAGCUAAAUAGACUAUUGUACAUUUAACUUAAUAGAAUAUGAGGCAAUCUUUAAAAUGACUUUUAAACAAAACUAAUAAUUAGAAAAUGUACUAUAAUACAAUGUUGAAUCUUAAAAUCAAUAUUUAAUGAUAGUAUUUCCACUUUAUUUGAUUCAUCUUUUUCAAUUUAUUGGGGCCAAAGUUUUUGUUUUUUUUUUCCUAGUUUAGUAAAAAAUAUUAACCAUAGUCUAUUUGUUGUAUGAUUACAACUAUAUUUAAAAAUGGCCAGUUUACAAAAAUGCAUUGUUGUUUUAGAGCAGUUGUAGUCUUUUCUGAAAUUUUAGUAAUGUGCUAAUAUUACUUAUAUUUAUAUGUAUAUUUAUUUAUAUAUAUACACUUUAUAUAUAAUAUAUAAAUAUAUUUAUAUACAAAUACACUGGAAUACAGAUAUAUAUACACAUGCAUAUACACACACUAAUAUUUUUUAUUUCUACUUGAAGACUUAGCCGGUCAAUGGGAGAGACAAUGAGUUUUAGUAGUACUAGUCUUAAACGUAUUUCCGAACUGGUAUUUAGCUGCCCUUUUCACGUAUGGCCCCAGUUUAUUUCCUUUUUUUUUUCCUUCUUGCUGUAACCCUGGGCCAGUGCUGUGCUUGGCUGUGUGCUCUUACGUGCACUAUAGACUGUAUAUAUUGGCAUCUUCGUUAAAGCAUUUUCUUUUGUGCUGAAAGCCACCGAUCACAUCAGGCUUCACGCAUUAUUUUUAGGUUUUAAUAUUUUGACAUGUAUGACAUCUGAU